UGUUCAACGACUGUUGCCAUAGCAUUGAGCUGGUUCGUGCCGUAACUCGUGUCCAAAGUCGAAAGAGAUCAUAACGGAUUCACUGCUUGUCAUUAUUACUGCGUCAAUUACAAAGUUACCAUGGCCGUCGACUAUCAACCUCCUCAGUGCCUUUCAAGACCAAUCGAGGUCCCGUCCAAACUGUUAAUGGGAGCAGGUCCAUCCAAUGCCGCUGAAAAUGUAUUGAAAGCUGGAAGUUUGCCUUUAUUGGGGCAUCUUCACACUGAGUUUACCCAAAUUAUGGAUGAUGUCAAACAAGGCAUCCAGUAUGCAUUCCAAACAACAAAUACUCUGACCCUUGCUAUAAGUGGUACAGGCCAUGCAGGCAUGGAGGCAGCUUUGUGUAAUCUCAUUGAACGAAAUGAUGUUGUUCUCAUUGGCAUCAAUGGAAUCUGGGGAGAAAGAGCAGCUGAUAUGGCCAACCGCCAAGGUGCUGAUGUUCAAACUGUCACAAAAGUGGCAGGAGAAAAUUUCAGUUUGGCUGAUAUUGAAGCUGCCUUACUGCAACACAAACCAGCUGUUCUCUUUCUGGCUCAGGGAGAAUCGUCCACCGGUGUGGUGCAACCCAUUGAGGGUUUUGGUGCCCUGUGUACCAAGCAUAAUUGUCUGUUGCUAGUGGAUACCGUAGCCUCCCUGGGCGGUGAGCCGUUUUACAUGGAUCGAUGGCAAGUUGAUGUUGUUUACACGGGCUCUCAAAAAGUCCUGGGAGCGCCGCCCGGGACCGCUCCCAUCUCAUUUGGCCCUCGCGCAGUGGCCAAGAUUGCCGGGCGAAAGACCCCGAUAUCUUCUUUUUACUUCGACAUGAAUUGGCUUGGCAACUACUGGGGCUGCGAUAGCCAACCGCGCAAGUACCAUCACACUGCGCCCAUUUCCAGCAUCUACGCCUUGCGCGAAGCUCUCGCCUUGCUGGCCAACGAAGGCCUGGAGAAUUCAUGGAAUCGCCAUCGUCAGAGCCGAGAUCGCCUUAUCAGCGGCUUGGCUAAAUUGAACCUGAAGCCGCUGGCGUCGGAGCCCGCCGCCCGUCUGACGUGCAUCACGGCGAUUCAAGUCCCAGACGGCGUCGACUGGAAAUCCGUCACCACCCACGCCAUGUCCAUGCGCGUGGAGAUUGCCGGCGGAUUGGGCCCCACUGCCGGACGUAUCUGGCGUGUCGGACUAAUGGGACAGAACGCUACCGAUGAGCGCGUCGAUCGUGUUUUGGAGGUGUUGGCCGAGUCCAUCAAGAGCGCCACCACUCCCGUCACCGUCAUGGGCCGGCUCUGAAACUGCUGCGCAAAUUCCCAAACCCGCACACAACAUUCCGAUAUUACCAAAAUACCCAGAUCUUCCAGAUUCACUUAGGCAAUUUAUCUUCCAGCUUUUUUUGGUUAUCGUAGGACAAAAAAAAAAUGGUUUUUUAAAAGGGAAAUUGCAUUUUUUCGAAACCAGUAGAGUCUCUUUAUUGUAGUUGGGUUAUACACACACAAAAAAAAAGAAGUAUAAAAUGGAGAGUCUAUAUUGGGGGGUCCAGCUCUCAUCACAACUUUGUUACCGAGCUUGUUGUUAUCUUCGUUAUCGCCCGCCCCGCACAAAAGGUGCUUGUUGUUUUGCUGUGUGUUUUUUAUUUUGUGUCGGGGCCCCCUUAAAAAAAAGCUGUUGGAAAAAUGGUGGGACCAAAAUAUGCCGAGUACAAAUGUACUCUGACCACGAUUGAAAAGAUGUACUACUCGCCCGGCCAAAUACAAACGUGUAGACGCA